AUGUCUCAUUCCAACAACACGGCCAAAACCCUUGACGGCCCCGCGGCCACUCAGCUUGAUUGGAUCGCCGACGCGCAAGAUGCCAAUGCUCAAGAGCAUGACCUCAAGUUCUUCGAUGCCCUCAAGCUGUAUCGUAAAUCUGUUUUAUGGGCUCUUCUCAUGUCUACCGCCAUCUUCAUGGAAGGCUAUGACACAAUGCUCAUGGGCAAUAUGUUCGGCUUUCCAGAGUUCCGGAAGCGCUACGGGCAGCCUGCCAAAGGCGACACUUAUCAGAUCCCGGCUCCUUGGCAGGCUGGUCUCACCAACGGUAGUGCUUGUGGCCAGUUGGUUGGCUUAUUGGUGUCUGGUUACAUGACCGAGAGGUUCGGCUUCCGCAAGACCAUGACCCUUGGCCUAACUGCCAGUGCUGCCUUCAUCUUUAUCCCCUUUUUUGCUCCUAGCCUUGCGGUCCUUGAGGUUGGCCAAGUUCUAUUUGGUGAGCUGAUCGAAACCGUUUUCAAUAUGACCCUGUCUAACAACUCAAACUCAGGAAUUUUCAUGGGCCUCUACCAAACGAUUCCUGUCGUGUAUGCUAAGGAAAUAUCACCCGUUUGUCUUCAGGCUUAUUUGACGACUUGGGUGAACACCUGCUGGGCAAUCGGUCAUCUUAUCGGCGCCGGCAUUCUUCGAGCCCUUCUCGUACGUGGCGACGAGUGGGGAUAUAGAAUUCCAUUUGCCAUACACACAUGUCGGCUAACACAUGGAAGAUGGGUUUGGCCCCUUAUUCUGGUCCCAAGCCUCUAUUUCGCACCUGAAUCGCCGUGGUGGCUCGUCCGAAGAGGAAGAUUGGAAGAAGCGAAAAAGGUACUAAAGCGACUCACAUCUACGGAACACGCUCACUUCGACAUCGACAAGGCUGUCUCUUUUAUGGUAGUGACGACCAAUUUCGAGAAGGCCAUUAGCGCUGAGACAUCAUACCUGGCCUGCUUCAAAGGGACAGAUCUGAAGAGAACACUGAUUGCAAUUGGUGUCUACUGUAUUCAGACUCUCAGCGGCAACCCUCUACGGAGCUACUCAACUUAUUUCAUGGAGCAAGCUGGCUUUCCAACAACUCAAGCGUCCGACAUGACCAUUGUCAACUAUUCAUUGGCAUUGGUUGGUGGACUCGUGUCGUGGCCACUGUUGACUCUUUUUGGCCGUCGAUCUAUAUAUGUCUGGAGUCUUUUCCUCAUGCUUGUUCUCAUGAUACUCAUCGGCGGAAUCGGAAUUCCUCAAGCUAACUCCUCUGACCAUUCAUAUUCGUGGGCCAUUGCUGCCCUCCUCAUCGUCUCGUCAUUCCUUUACAACGCGACGAUGGGCCCUCUGACAAACGCGAUAUGCUCAGAGGUCCCGUCAACACUCCUAUGCAGCAAGACAGUCGUGCUUGCUAGAUGGUUUUACACAAUUACUUCAAUUACCGCUGGCGUUCUCACACCAUAUCAGCUCAAUCCGACCGCUUGGAACUGGGGAGCCAAAACAGGCUUCUUUUGGGCAGGUGGUUGUCUCAUUUCCUUUAUCUUUGCUUACUUCUGUGUGCCGGAAACAAAAGAUCGCACAGCAGCCGAAGUGGAUAUCUUGUUCAACCGUAAAGCGAGCCUGCGUUGUUUCUCCAAAACUUCUGUUGACUUGGUAGAGGCUGUGGUUGGCGCCAAUGGCAAGGAGAGGAACUAA